AUGAUUACACUGGUGUUUGCGGUAUGGUCGGCGGCGCGCGCGCUUGGCUGGACGUGCGAGGUGACGGCCGCGACGCCCGAGACAGAGGACGUGCCCGUGCUGCCCCGCCUGCGCUCAGCGCGUGCCUCCAGCGACCUAUCCACCCUCAGCACGACCACCACCAGUUCUAGCCAGACCAGUAGCGGAGAUUAUUCCAAGAGGUGGAGUGAAGCACCCCGAAGGUGGAGUGCCAGAGGAGCAUCACGUAGACCUUUGCGCCGUCCACCUGUUUCUGCGAGGAGACGAACCACUGGCAGCUUCGAUGUGGAGAAUGGCGGGGGCGCCGGCGUGGGCGCGGGGGGCGCACGCUCCCCUCUGGAGGGCGGGUCGCCCUCCGCCGCGCUGGUCCUCCAGUCCAUGCCCCAACGCCGCGAGUCCUUCCUCUACCGAUCCGACUCCGAUUUCGAAAUGUCACCCAAAUCGAUGUCAAGAAAUAGCUCUAUUGCCAGCGAAAGAUUCAAGGAGGUUGAGGCGGCACAGCUGGACAGAGCUCAUGGAGAAGACUUGAUCGUGACACCAUUCGCCCAGGUCCUGGCCAGCCUGCGAAGCGUCCGUAACAAUUUCCUAUGCCUCACCAAUGUUCCGGUUGGCAAAUCCCGAAGGUCAUCAGCUGCAGCGUCUGCUGUUACUCCACAACCAAAGAACCUAAAUCCAGGAGACGAUGCAUACAUGAAGCUGGCACUGGAGACGGUCGAAGAACUCGACUGGUGCUUGGACCAGCUCGAGACAAUACAAACACACCGCUCCGUCUCUGACAUGGCGUCUCUGAAGUUCAAACGGAUGCUGAAUAAGGAGCUGAGCCACUUCUCGGAGUCCAGCAAAUCCGGCAAUCAGAUAUCGGAGUACAUCUGUUCGACCUUCUUGGACAAACAGCAAGAGCUCGAUUUGCCAUCGCUGCAGGUCGAAGAGAAUACUGAACGGAUCAAGAAGAAGGAAAAGCCACGUCAUGGCGGUCCAGCGGCCACAAUGUCAAUGUCACAAAUAUCUGGCGUUAAAAGGGCCCUUACACAUACAAACAGCUUCACAGGAGAACGGGUGCCGAGAUACGGCGUUGAAACACCUCAUGAAGAGGAGCUGGGACAAUUAUUGGGUGAACUCGAUCGCUGGGGUGUCGAUAUUUUCCGCAUAGGGGAUCUCUCUUGUGGGCGCCCACUCACUGCAGUCGCCUACUCUGCUUUUACAUCUCGGGAGCUACUUACGACACUGCAGAUUCCAGCACGUACUUUCAUCGCCUUCUCUGUCACUCUGGAAGAACAUUACAUACGCGACAAUCCGUUCCAUAACUCAUUACACGCUGCUGACGUGACACAAUCAACAAAUGUACUCUUGAACACUCCCGCUCUCGACGCCGUGUUUACACCAAUAGAAGUGUGUGCCGCUUUAUUUGCAGCAUGCGUACACGAUGUCGACCAUCCAGGCCUUACGAACCAAUUCCUCGUGAAUUCAAGUUCUGAAUUGGCCCUUAUGUACAAUGAUGAAUCUGUCCUCGAAAAUCAUCACCUGGCCGUAGCUUUCAAGCUUCUACAAAACGACGGGUGUGAUAUUUUCGUCAAUCUUCACAAAAAGCAGAGGCAAACUUUGAGGAAAAUGGUUAUCGAUAUGGUGCUCUCAACAGAUAUGUCGAAACAUAUGAGCCUACUCGCAGAUCUUAAAACUAUGGUGGAGACUAAAAAAGUGGCUGGCAGCGGAGUCCUGUUACUUGACAAUUACACGGACCGAAUACAAGUUUUGGAGAACCUCGUACACUGUGCCGAUUUAAGCAAUCCCACUAAACCUCUGCCGCUAUACAAGCGCUGGGUUGCAUUACUAAUGGAGGAGUUCUUCCAACAAGGUGACCGUGAACGAGAACAAGGAAUGGAUAUAAGUCCCAUGUGCGACAGGCAUAACGCUACUAUUGAAAAAUCCCAAGUUGGAUUCAUCGACUACAUAGUGCAUCCUUUAUGGGAGACAUGGGCAGAUCUUGUGCAUCCAGAUGCCCAGGACAUUUUGGACACUUUGGAAGAAAACCGCGACUACUACCAAAGUAUGAUUCCUCCAUCACCACCACCAGUACCAGUCCAAUCACAUUCAGGAGCUGAAGAUGAUCGCCCCGAACAAAUACGCUUUCAAGUAACGCUCGAAGAGGGUGAAGGCUCAGAAGAUUGCGAGGGUGAAGGGGAUGGUGGGAUG